AGCAGACAAAAAAAUGGCGACCUAGAAACAAAUAAACAAGACCUCUUAAGUAAAAAAGUGAUGAAAUCAAAUGUCAAAGGCAUUUAAGAACUUUCAUUUCUUAAAGAAUAUAUUGCUGAUAGUUUAAUUUUUAAGUGAAACUGCUAAAGAAUGGCUAAUUCAGAACUUAAAUUGAAUUUAGAUAGUGGUAUGAGUUCUCCUGAAUUUUCAAAUCCGGUUGGUUAUCAACCACCUCAGAGCGUUUGGAAACUGAUUGAAGAGCGAGUACCUGAAUUUGAAAGAGAAGAAAUUAAGCGAAUGCUUGGAUUUUCCAAGGUCGAGGAAAGUUUAGAUUUGCAACGAGAGGUGGAAAUUUUGUUAGAUAUUUGGAGAGAGGUUCGGGUAGGAUUUAAUGGUAAUGGGGAAACAUCACUUCCAGAACCACCAGCCGUCAGGGAUCGCUUGAAAAACGAGAUAGAAUUUUUUAUUAAAGCUUUAAAAGAUCGAGCUGAAAGAGAUGGAGUUGACCCCAACAAAGCCAUAAAUACUAAUUCACCUGUAAUAGACUAUGUUAUCACAGCUCGAGAUCGAACACGCCCACAAACUGCACAAAGCGGAGGGAAGGAAACACCUCUUCUACCGCUUACGUCUAGCGAUAGAGAUAGGAUGUCAUUAGCGUCAAGUGUUAGCGAUGACUUUGAUAGCAUGAAUGAUAAAUUAAAUUAUUUGCAAUUCGAUGUCGUCGUUGAAAGCUUAAGACAAAGAUUAACCGAUGAAAUUCAACAAUUAAUCAAUGAUGUUUCCUUUCUACAAAACUGCAUAGAUGACGAAUAUUCUUUUCAGUCUAAGACUGACAAUUUUAGAGAACCAUCAAUAGCCGAACUUCGAGAGGAAAGAACUAAAUUGGAAAAAGAUUUAUUGAAUAGCAGGGCAUCUUCAGCAGCAUCUAUAAGCAAAAUUGAUGUCAACUUGAGUCGUCCGUCAAGUACAAAAAAGCCUGCACCAUUGGAAAGGCUGACUCCAAGACCGCCUCUAUGUCCAAAGGAGCAUGUUGUUGUAAGAACAGUCAAUUAUAAAAAAGGAGCGUCCUGUUUAAAGCCAGCCUCUGCGACUUCCUUUGAUAUAGACAACAGAAUUCUUAAAAAUGAAGAAAAAAAUUUAGAUAGGCCUAGUAGUGCUCAAAGAUUCAGACAGAUGGUCUAUUCAGAGAGGAAUUAA